CACGUUUUCGUUUCGCAGGCACCGAUCAGUUUCAGUUUAAUUAUUUUCGUGGUCGAUGGCACACCAUGGAGUCGCAUCUUCGAGCCACUCAUCCUUUAUACAAAGUCUUUGCCUUCUGCUGUUUUCUGGGGUUUCUGGUUUACUUCACCCAGCGGCAAAGUGACUACUCGGAUUUGGAAUUGUCAGAACCCACUCCACUUCCGAGACUGUUUAAUGAAAAUUCAAAGACCCAGAAAUACUAUGUGAAAACAUCGAAGUGUGUAAUUCCCUAUGUGGAUCCUUUCACACCGGAAAUCAUGGAGUUUUAUAAGCCCCAAACCCUGGUUACCUGCACCAACGACAGCGAUCUGAUAUCGACGGAAUAUAGCCCAAAAAUGCAGAGAUACAUUUUGCGAAUAGACGAGGAAGUUGCAGUGGAUUUGCUUAACAACACGGAUGUGGAAUACAAUUGCUUUUACCGGGAAGUGGAAUACGGCAGUGAGGCAGACACCUACGACAGACUCAAGGCAUAUAAGUAUUUCUCGGAUGGCUAUGUGGUGCCGAUACAUGUUGAGGGCAUUGUGGUUGAGUGCCGCACCGCUGAUGAGCCCUCAAUACUCCUUCAAAAGGACGCCUUUACAUUUGUACAACACCAGCCGCUUCCCAAGGAUAUGAAGCAGAAACAUGCAGUGCGAAAACCUAGUGUUAUUAUGUACGGAAUAGACUCACUGUCUCGGAUAAAUUUGAGAAGAACUAUGCCCAAAGUUUUCAAGUUCCUUCAAGGGGUUGGAUGGUACGAAAUGCAGGGAUACAAUAAGGUUGCUGACAACUCUUUUCCCAAUAUUUUUGCCAUGCUCAGUGGCUAUUCGGCGGAAACGGCCAAAGAGCAAAUUUGUGAUACAGACUCAAAAGGUUGUUUUGAUAAAAUGCCCAUGAUAUGGAAGUACUUCAAAAAUGCAAGCUAUUUGACAGGAUAUGCGGAGGAUGAAAGUAACUCAAAUCACUUCAGUUAUUUAAAGCCGGGCUUUCAGAAAAAGCCUGUGGAUUACUAUUUCCGACCGUUUUUGAGGGCUCUGGAAUCCAAGUUGGAUAUAUACCGAAUACCAGAGCAUGAUUACAUGCGAUAUUGUUUGGGCCGCCGGAUAGCAAAUCGUUAUAUUUAUGAUUAUGGACGCAUGUUCACGGAAAGAUUUGUCCACGAACGUCCCAUAUGGGGAAUGUUUUGGUCAAAUCACUUCAGUCAUGACGACCCUUUUAUGCCCUCCGCUAUGCAGAACAAGAUCCUGGGCGACCUCUUGGACUUAAAGGCGUCUGGUGCCCUGGAGGAGACCAUAAUAAUAUUUUUCGCCGAUCAUGGGGUCAGAUACGGACGUCUGACCAAGCUGAAGGAAGGCUUCUUGGAGGAAAGACUGCCCAUGAUGUUCAUUUAUCUUCCGCCUUGGUUUCGGGUGACAUAUCCAUCUUAUGUGCGCGCGCUGGAGAUCAACCAACAUCGGCUGUGCUCUAACUUCGAUAUUCACAACACGCUCAAACACAUUAUUGAGAUGGGAGGCACUCCGGAUGGACCCGUGUUGCCCAAAUCCUUCGAUUGCCCCACUUGCCAGUCGCUGUUCCAUGUCCUGCCAGAGGAUCGCACGUGCGCCCAGGCGGCUAUCGACAAUCACUGGUGCACCUGCGAACCCUACAUCCCCAUCCCUGACACGGAUUGGACUGAUCAGAUCUCCCGCAGUGUGAUCGAUCGCAUGAACGAAUACUUCGUAGCCAAGAAUCUAACUAAACUCUGCUCAAACCUGACCCUGCACUAUGUUAUCAAGACGGAGAUUAAAACAGGGCUGAACGUUAAAUGGCACGACGACCGACUGCCAGAGGUGGAGAAGGCCGUCUACCGGGUCAAGUUCAAAGUGAUCCAAAAUAGCGCUGACUUCCAAGCCACUGUCGUCUACAAUAAUGUCACCCACAUCUCCGAAGUAAAUGUUGAGAAAAUCAGUCGAACAAACUCCUAUCGGGAAGACUCCACCUGUAUCGAGGACAAGCUAGCGAAGCUGUACUGUAUUUGCUUCAGUGACCUCAAAUCCUAAAAAUCUGGUUUAAACUUAUCUACACCUAUUUAUACCUAUUUAUUUGUAUUUAUUAUAGACAUCAUAUUUUAGCUGUAAGUAGAUAUUGAAUUUAAAAAAAGGAAUCCGAAAUUAUGAUUCUCAAGCUAUUCAUAAGAUUUGAUAUUAAAAGGAGAGUUUAUAAAUAUAUAACAUAAAUUAAAUGAAAUUUCUUAAUAAAAAUUGAAUAUUUUAGUAA